AUGCCGGCCGCCCGAGCACCCCUUCAUUUCCAAGAGCCGCACAUAGUGCGCCUCUCCGACAAGGAGAGGAUCACCGGCAUCAUCACCGAAGAGCACGUUGGCGAAGCCGUGACCGCCAUGCACCGCGACGGGCUCGUCGUGCUCGAGAACGCCGUUGAUACGCAGCACUGCGACGUGUUAAACGAGAUGCUCGUCAACGAGGCUACCGCCAUGGCCAAGCUUCCCACCACCCAUUUCAACGAUGUAUGCUUCUGA